GCUACAUGCGUCCUCUGAAACAACCAGACGGCAGCUCCAUCGUGGAUCCCCUGCUGGUGGACGAGAUGUUUUAUCAGAUCCCAGAGAUCCUGGAGCAUCACGAACAGUUCUUGGAGCAGGUUGCAGGCUGUGUCGGCCAAUGGCACGACAGGCAGACGGUGGGACACCUCCUCAUCCACUCAUUCUCCAAAGAUGCUCUCGCUGAUAUGUAUUCAGCAUACAUCGACAAUUUCCUCAAUGCGAAAGAUGCAGUCAGGAUCGCAAAGGAGGCCAAACCAGCAUUUCACAAGUUUCUGGAGCAAAACAUGCGUGAGAACAAGGAGAAGCAGGCUCUGGGCGAUCUGAUGAUCAAGCCGGUGCAGAGGAUUCCUCGAUACGAGCUGCUGGUUAAGGACUUGUUGAAACACACGCCGGAGGAUCAUCCAGAUCAUUCGUUUCUGCUGGACGCUCAGAAGAACAUCAAGCGACUGGCGGAGAAAAUCAACAAGGGGCGUCGCUCCGCUGAGGAGGCGGAGAGGGAGGCCAGGGUUAUCCAGGAGAUCGAGGCUCACAUAGAGGGAGUUGAACAUAUUCUAAAUCCACAGAGGAAAUUCUUGAGGCAGGAAAUAGUCAUGGAGGCGAAGACUGUAGGGGGGAAGAAAGACCGUUCCCUCUUCCUCUUCAGCGAUCUGAUCAUCUGCACCACCCUCAAGAGGAAGUCUGGCUCGCUGAGGCGCAGCUCCAUGAGCCUAUACUCUGCUGCCAGUGUGAUAGAUACCUCCAGCAAAUACAAGUUUUUGUGGAAGCUUCCUUUAGAGGAUGUGGAGGUGGUGAAAAGUUCUUCUCAGGCAACCAACAGAGAGAGCGUCCAGAAGAUGAUUACCCGAUUAGAUGAGGAUCUCAGCACUUUGGGUCAGAUCAGCAAACUAUCAGAGACCCUGAGCUUCCCACAUCAGUCCCUAGAUGAGGUCAUAAAAGAUCUGAUGGCAUCAGUCCACAAGGAGCUCUCAGAGAAACAGUCUUUGGCCUUCAGCAUGACCUUCUUGCCCACAAAACUGGAGUUCACAACGGCCUCGGCUGAGAGCACCUUCGUCUUUGAGUUCAGCUCGCCCGACGCUCGGUCGAGCUUCGAACAGGCCUUUGAGGAUGCCAAGAAGAAGUUGGCCAUGAACAAGGACCAGUGGGACCCAGAAUUCCUGAAGGCAAUCCCUAUUAUGAAGACCCGCAGUGGGAUGCAGUUUUCAUGUGCCUCGCCCAGCCACAGCUGUCCUGACAGUGGCUGUGAGGUUUGGGUGUGUAACAGUGAUGGAUAUGUAGGCCAGGUUUGCUUGUUGAAUAUCAAAGAUGAGCCCACGGUGGAGGCCUGCAUCGCCGUCUGCUCGGCCAGGAUCAUUUGUAUCGCUGCGGUUCCAGGACUCAAAGGAAGGGAUCGUGUGUCAGAACCAGCUCCGACCUCCGGGCCUCCUACUCAUCCCCAGCAGCAGCUCGACAUCUCCAUCUCACCUUCGACUUUGGAGCUGACAGAGCAGCCUACAGGACCAGGGGCGGAGCUUGUGCCCUUUGACAGCGACGACUCGGACGACGAAGAUUCACCUAGUCCUUCUUCAACCUUGCAGAGUCAGGCCAGUCACUCCACCAUAUCGUCCAGCUAUGGCAACGACGAGGGUCUGAGCUCCAAGGACAUGGCCACGGAGACCACCAGCAGCGAGGAGGAGCAGGAGUUCCCCGUCCCGAGCUCCUACGGUGCUCCUGGGAUGCUGGGAGUAGGUGGAGGGAGUCGCGCCCACACAGAGAGUCCCAUGGACGGCCGGGCCAUGCGCCGGUCCUCCAGGGGGUCAUUCACCCGAGCGAGUCUGGAGGAUUUGCUGAGUAUUGACCCGGAGGCGUACCAGAGCUCUGUGUGGCUGGGCACAGAAGAUGGAUGCAUACACGUGUACCAGUCCUCAGACAACAUUCGAAACCGUAAAAACAGCAUGAAGAUGCAGCACUCGGCCUCCAUCCUCUGUAUAUUGUACUUUGACAACAAAGUGUUUGUAUCAUUAGCAAAUGGAGAGGUUAUCGUCUAUCAGAGAGAAGCAGGUAGUUUCUGGGAUCCUCAGUCUUCCCAGACGUUAGUUCUUGGCACGCCUAGUAGUCCAGUUACCAAAAUGGUUCCCAUUGGCGGGAAACUGUGGUGUGGCUCACAAAACAGAGUCCUUAUCAUCAACACUACUACACUGGUACAGGAGCACUGGUUCCAGGUCGGCACUGACGGCAAUCGCUGUGUUACAUGCAUGGUGGCGUAUGGGCAGGGUGUGUGGCUGGCACUGCAGGGCAGUGCACAGGUCAGGCUGUAUCACGCGCAGACCUGGGAGAGCCUGACGGAGGUGGACGUGGCACCGGCUGUGCACAAAAUGCUUGCAGGUGCAGAUGCAAUCAUUAGACAGCACAAAGCUGCCUGCCUCAGGAUCACAGCCUUGUUGGCCUGCAAAGACCUGCUGUGGAUCGGCACGAGUGCAGGAGUGGUCCUGACACUGGCGAUCCCGACAGUGAGCACAGGAACUGGUGCCGGGACUCUUAAGUCGCCUCUGGUUCCGAUCGGAUCGGCUCACGGUCAUACAGGGCACGUUCGGUUUCUGACUUCAAUUGAGCUACCAGAAGGAUUUGACAUGAACUUCCCUCCAACAACAACAGACUCCACAGGCAAUCAGCCUCCGAGCAGCAGCAGCGUAGACGACGGGAGCCUCCAGAGGCGAGACUCCACACACCGCAGGACCUCCACACACAUCCCAGUGAAGACCAACCACCUCGUCAUUUCUGGCGGAGACGGCUACGAGGACUUUAGGCUGACCAACAGCAGUGAAACCAUCGGUCGAGAUGACAGCACCAAUCACUUGUUGCUCUGGAGAGUCUGAGACAAUCAAACACCCCGACUGACCAAUCUCCCUCCAGCACCUUUAGGCGUUGUUUUUGUUGUUGUUGUUGUUGUUGUUGUUGUUUUACUCAGUCCAUCCGUCUCUAUGUGCUAUGACACGACUCUGAGCUCCCUCCUGGAUUUAUGAAUGAAUACCACCACAUCCGACACUCAGCUUUUGUUAUCUUCCUGGUGGUGUGUGCAUUUUUGCUCAUUUUUGUGUUGAAAGAGAUAUAAGAAAAUUGAAGUUCCAAAAACAAACUUGCACAGACGGAUUUAUUUUCUAACUGAGGACAAAUAAAGACCUUACACAGGCGGAUCUGGAUUCUUCAGGGUUUCGGUGCACAAAAACAGAGGAUUGAGUCGUGAUGUGAUUAAUGAGGCAUUGCAUUUUCUUUGAAAUGUAGUCUUUUUGAACUUGAAAUACUUCAGUCCAUCGAUUCAUCCGCAGAUGAAGAUCAGCUGUAACAAUGUACAUUAAAUGUAACAUAGCUCAGAAUGGUAGUUUGAAAUUCUUAUUUUAUUUUAGUCCUAUUUUUUCAGCUGAAAUUUAAUGCUAGCCUUAAUAUCAGAUGUAUUGUCAGAUUUUUCUGAUUCCAGUCAGGUGGUGAUUAUCCGUUUUCACAAUGGCUAGUCAUAGUUGUGAAACUGUCAAUGUCCUCUUUCCUCCACUAGAGGGAGCAUUACGGCGAAACAUUGCACACAGCCUUAUUAAACAAUAAAAAAAGAACAUAUGAUUUUUGCAGAAAAUCACAUUUGGUUGGCUCAGUCAGCUUAAACUGUGUCCCACUGGGAAGUGAAACAUAAGUGCGUUCCUCCUUAACACAAUCAUGCCAAAGCUUUGUAUACAUUAAAGAUAUGUUGUUUUUUUGCCAUGAAAAGUCAGCUGAAGUUCUGCCAUGUCUGGACGGAGCCUCUUCACUGAUGACGCUAAGCUGCGGACGCAGAAAUAGUUGUGUACAGUAUUUAUGCUUUUAAUUUUAGCGCCUUCUUUUACAGCACUUAAUUUAUACAAGAUGUAGCCUUCACUAUUUCUGUUGGAAACGAUGAAUGCAGAGGCUCUGACUUGAUUAUGAGAGUGAAUUAAAACAAGCAGUUUAGCUCCAUUCCCUCAUGGUCACAACAGUUCACAGUGCAGGGUUUGGACUAGACCAAAAAUGAUGUUUUUCGCUGUAGGAUAAAUGUCCCACGGUUUUGCCUUGUACAGUACCAGAAAGCAGCUUUUGGACUGCUUGAGCACAGUCACUCUGAUGCCUGUAUGUGUGCCAAAUAUGCUUCAUAGUUGCAUUUCAUGUCGGAUCCUUUUCAUGCACAAGCUUUUUUUUUUUUUUUUACUUACAAAAACUCCAAAUCCAGAGGGAGCUUUACACCUGGUAUUUACAAACAAGAUAGUUUGUCAGUAGGACAAAUGCUUAGUGCCUACGCAUUUCUUCAGGAGGCUUAAAGGUUAAGGCCAUUACACACAAGUAAAAGUCACUUGACCUUGAUUUCUUGUCCUUGCACACACUCUCGUAGGUGUUAGCCUCAGGCUUUGGGGGUUAAGCGGUGAUUGUCUUUGAUCCCUCAAAGCCUUGAAAACCUCAUUGCACUUUAUCAGCCAUCUGGGCUCUUCACCUCAAGAUUCUCACUUCCAAAUACAUCCACAUUUAGCUCUUUCUCCCUGUGAAAUAACUAAGAGAAUCAGUUUAGCUGCUUUAGCCGCUAACUAGCCAGUCAGCGUCUGUUAGCGUAGAUGUGGAUUAAUUUCCUCAAGUGCAUUUAUUUAGGUGAGAUGAAUAAAAGGAGAUGCCUUUUUUCCCCUGUUUUCUACCCACUUUGUUGGUUUACGAAUCGGGCUAAGCUAUGCUUACUACCCACAUAGAUGUCUUCAAUUUUACCGCUAACCUUUUUUUUCCCCAUCCCCAGCACAAACGAUUACUUUCAAGAAGAAUCCGUAAAGCAUUCCUAAUUGUUGAUGUGAGGUAAAUAGUUUUUUUAAACCGCAUGAUCAAUCAAAAUGUUGACUAUUGUGUUUUCUGUAUGUAAAAUAUAUACAUUUAUGCUGGCUAUAGGAGGUACACAUACUGUUCUUUUCGAUGAACUCCACAGGUAGCAGAAAAGCACUCAAAGAUGGUAGCCUGGUAGUGUUUUCACGUUCUCUGACCAGAACUGUAGUUUUGGCAGAUUUUUAUUUUUAUUUUUUUGCAUUGUGGUGUAAUAAAUAAUUUCAGUUGAAUGUUUUUAAUAGGUUCAAAUGAAAAGAGUUCAUCAGAAGUAACACCUAUUCAUAAUUUCAGAAGAAGUAGAUGGAAAUGAGUGAAACGGAUCUGCUAAGACUCCUUAUGAAACGUUAGAUCCUAUUUAUGAAGGUAUGAAUAUCAAUCUGUAUAUUACUUUAAACAUGACCAGGAGGAGGUGGCGAAUGGUAACAAUCGGUGUCAUCCCAACUUUUCCUUAAAUCUCUCUGACAUGUACGUGACUACAUGUGAACUAAGCCGUAUUGAUGUAAAUAUUGGUAUAUAUAAUGCUUCAUUUUUGUAAAUAGUGCACUCACGGUCCUCAAUUGUUGAUAUAAGUCGUAUGGCAUAUUUUUAUAUGUUUCUGUGAAGUUUGUCUCUCUGUAUUCCCCUCUUUAGUCCUCUGCAUGCGCCUUCAGUCAUAAAAAACAAACCUUUGAACUGUCAGAAAUAAAAAAAAUAUAUAUAUAUUGCCCCUGACAAAAGAUUUGUAAUAAACAGAUUUCUGUUAUUGAUGGAGUUGCAUUUAUGGUAGCUUCAAAUUGUUUGCUUUGUUGCUUAUAUUUCUGCAGGGGGAAAAGCAACAUCAGUUUUUGCUCUGCUGACCUUCUGUUUUCCUCUGCCUCUGGUUGGCAUAUUGUCAUGGCUGCAGUCUAUCAGAGUUUCUUCGUGUAUGUAGCUGCUCUAGUUUUGUCACUUUGGGUUCCUCUGUAAAAUAAAUCAUUUCACUGGG